AUGGAACAUCAAGAGUUUUAUAACAUGUUUGCGGGAAGCGAUAUGUCGGUUACGCAGAGUCCGGUAAGUAUCAUGCAGAACGUUAACAUGGAGAACGAGUUAGGGACGAUGCAAAAGCCACCGAAGCUUAUGAGUUUGGAUGAAUAUGCGGGUUGGUCAGGCCGUAUAAAAAACUGGGUGCAAGCAAAUCACUUCGAGUGUUGGAUGAAAAUAGAGGCGAAGUAUGUACCACCAGUUAACGGUAUGGGAUUGGAAAAGGGCAUCGGGAGUUUGACGGAAACUAAACAGAUUGACUUCAAGGCCGAAAAGAAGAUGGUGAGCAUUCUGCAACAGGCCAUCAAAGAAGAUAUCCUCGUUUUACUACAACAUGAAGAAAAUUCUCAGUCGAUGUGGCAAGCGUUGAAGCUGAAAUUUCAAGGUAGUGUUUCAAUGAUUAAGAGCAAGAAAGCCUUAAUCAAGAAGGAAUUUGAUAUUUUUACUGGGAUUAAAGGCGAGACAACAAACUCAUUCAUCGAGAAGAUUGAAGCCCACGAGCUGGAAUUGCUAAAAAUCAAGAAAAUGAACUCAGCGAGUGUGCAGCAGGAUGUAUCGUUGUAUUACAAAGGUAACCCUACAGUUUCAACCAAUCAAAGCCCGAAAAUACAGACAGGGUUCAUUGCUGAUAACAACUCAAGUGUUUCUUCAAACACUCCUCAAUCCGGCAAUUCUUCACCAUUCGCGAACUUUGAACCAAAUGUCAAAGCUCAGGAACAGCCUUCACCUCAAAGUUCAACAGGAUCAAAUCAUCAGGCGUACGUUUCUAGGGUGCAGUGUAAUAUUGCGGUAAACAUAAAGAAUGGAAACGAGAUAACUGAAACAGCCACAAAACAGCACAUAGCACUGCUUGCUUCCGUUCUUGAGGUUUAUGAGGGCUUAGUAGCAGGGAGGAUCGGUAAUCCUGACAUGACGAAGGAGGAUUACGACCAAAUCGAUCCCGAAGAGCUUGAAUUGAUCGACAUCAAAUGGUGCAUGGCGAGUUUGGUGCGUAGGGCUCAACGUCUCAUGAAAAUUACAAGCCGGAACAAUUUAUCAGGCCCUGAUCAAAAGCUAGGGUUUGAUAAGUCGAAAGUUACGUGCUUUAAAUGCAAAGAAGGCGGUCACUUCAAACGAGAAUGUCCCAAUCGUGAAGUAAACAAUCAUCAAAACCCGUUCACCAACGACUACUACAGGCAAGCGAUAUAUCACCGACCAAACCAACAGCCAACUGUUCAGAGGCCACAGAUUGAGAAUAAACCGGAAAAGGCACUGAUCGUGAAUCAAGACUAUGAAAAGGUUGUUGUAGGUUUCAGCUGGGAUAAGUAUAUCCCCGGUAGCGAUGGACAGGCCAUGAUGGCUGAAGUUGUUGAAAUUUCUGAGAUGGUGUCUGAACCGGAAACAGUUACUGAAAAUGUUUCUGAGGUGGCUGAAGAGGUUUCUGUUGAUAAUGUGGUUGAUGUUGAAGAAAUAGUUGCUGAAGUGUAUUACUACCAGUCAAAACAGGAGGAAUUGGCAUAUACUAUGAAAUCAAUUUUACCUCCUAAUGUGUUUGAAUCUUUUGUAGGUUAUUUCGAGGAACCAAAGACCGGAUCAUGCCCAAGAUUUGAAGAGAAGAAAGAAGUUGUUGAAGAAUUGAUCGACGUGUCAAAAGAGAUGACUGGAGAAGUUUUGAAAGACAUAGCUGACAAAGCGCUUAUGGGAAAACUCAAAGAGGUAGACUCAGAUCUAGAGGAGUCAAAGUCUGUCAGUUGUGUGUCUGUCAAACAAGAGGAAUCUGGAGUUCAGGAGAGCAAAUCUGUCAAUUUGUCUGAGUCUGAGUCAAACAAUGUCGGUAAAACUGUGUGUGUAGAGCAGGAUGUUGAAAAGGUUAUCAAAACAGUUGUCGAUCAAGUGUUGGAUGAGGAGAGUGAGAAAUCUGAAAAGGCUCAAUCUGACAAGGUUGUCAGUGAUUCUGAAGAUGAAGGGAAUUUCUUAGAUCAAUACAUACCGAAAUCGGAAAAGAGUGCGAAUGACGAUCCGAUUAUGGUGGUAUACACCAUGAUUGGAACAGACAAACUUUAUUCCAAUUACGAGUAUCCACUUAUGUGA